CUCCACUCAAAAAGCAACUGUGCGAAGUUCCACCCCUUCUCCUACUCUCUUUUCGGCUUUAUUGGCCACUUUGUCUACGUGAAAUGCUUGCUUCUGAAUGGCAGCAACCGGAUCCUUUUACACUCUUCCUUGCUCGCCUAGAAGUGUGAGAAGACUUUUGCGCUCCCUCCACGGCAGAGAGAAAAAGAGGAGGGGAUUGAAGAAAAAAAUAAGAGGUGGUGAAGGGGGCCCUGAGUCCUUUUUUUUUUUUUUUGAGGAACUUUCUCUGGAGCCUUGAAUCGUCUCUUUAUGCCCUUCAAUUUUAUCAGCUAUGGUGGGGGACUGAUGGUGGCUUUCCUCCCUCGAAUCUAAAGCCACCUUUGAGAAAUAGCAAAGCAAAAAAAAAGGGUGGAGGUUCGCUUGUUGGAGGGUUGAGGAGUGAAAAUUCAGAGGAAGUUUGAGGGGGUUUGGAGGAUAUUGUGGUAGGUUUUUGAUUGGAGGGAGGAAGAAGAUGGCCGGAGGUGGAGGCGGUGGCGGAGGUGGCGGAUUGGCGCCGCUGCCGAAGCAGGAGGAGUUGGUGCCCCACCCAGUGAAGGAUCAGCUUCCCAACAUUUCCUACUGCAUCACCAGUCCUCCUCCAUGGCCGGAGGCUAUCCUUCUCGGUUUCCAGCACUACCUGGUUAUGCUUGGCACCACUGUUAUCAUUCCUACUGCUCUUGUUCCUCAGAUGGGUGGAGGAAAUGAUGAGAAAGCUCAGGUGAUCCAGACAUUACUGUUUGUGGCCGGCUUAAACACUCUGUUACAGACCUUGUUUGGAACUCGUUUACCUGCUGUGAUCGGAGGCUCAUACAGCUUUGUUCUCCCUACCAUCUCCAUCAUCCUAGCUGGCCGUUAUAGUAACAUCCCAGAUCCUCAUGAGAAAUUCCUACACAUCAUGCGGGGAACCCAAGGUGCCCUGAUUGUUGCUUCAACUCUUCAGAUCAUAUUGGGUUUCAGUGGGCUAUGGCGCAAUGUUGCAAGAUUUCUAAGUCCACUCUCAGCUGUACCUCUUGUUGCUCUUGCCGGAUUUGGGCUCUAUGAGCUUGGUUUCCCUGGAGUGGCAAAAUGCAUUGAAAUUGGACUUCCACAAUUAUUAAUACUGAUAAUAUUUUCUCAGUACAUGCCCCAUGCUGUACAUUCACAAAGACCUGUCUUUGACCGGUUCGCUGUCAUAUUCUCUGUUGCAAUUGUUUGGCUUUAUGCUUUCAUACUCACGAUGGGCGGGGCAUAUAGGAAUGCAGCACCGAAAACUCAACAGCAUUGUCGCACUGAUCGUUCUGGACUUGUUGGUGCAGCUCCUUGGAUAAGAGUUCCAUAUCCUUUUCAAUGGGGAGCACCAACAUUUGAUGCAGGUGAAGCUUUUGCAAUGAUGGCUGCUUCAUUUGUCGCUCUUGUAGAGUCAACUGGUACUUUUAUUGCGGUUGCAAGGUAUGCAAGUGCUACACCAUUGCCCCCAUCCAUUCUCAGUCGUGGUGUUGGUUGGCAGGGGAUUGGUAUCUUGUUGGAUGGGCUGUUUGGAACAGCUAAUGGCUCCACAGUAUCUGUUGAAAAUGCUGGUUUGCUAGCCUUGACACGUGUUGGCAGCAGAAGAGUUGUGCAAAUUUCGGCAGGCUUCAUGAUAUUCUUUUCCAUUCUUGGAAAAUUUGGAGCGGUUUUUGCAUCCAUUCCAGGACCAAUAAUUGCAGCUUUAUAUUGCAUUUUCUUUGCAUAUGUUGGUGCAGCUGGUCUCAGUUUCCUUCAAUUCUGCAACCUCAACAGCUUCCGGACAAAAUUUAUCUUAGGUUUCUCUGUGUUUAUGGGUUUGUCUGUUCCACAAUAUUUCAAUGAGUACACGUCGGUUGCUAGCUAUGGUCCGGUACACACUGGUGCAAGAUGGUUCAAUGAUAUUGUCAACGUGAUAUUCUCUUCGGAAGCAUUUGUUGCGGGCCUUGUGGCAUAUUUCUUGGACAACACCCUGCACAGGCAUGACAGCGCAACCAGAAAGGACAGGGGCCGUCACUUCUGGGACAGAUUCAGAUCCUUCAAUGCAGACAGCAGAAGUGAGGAAUUUUAUUCAUUGCCAUUCAACCUGCAUAAAUUCUUCCCAUCCGUGUGAGCGUGCAGCUAGGCAGUAUUGAACACCAUAAUGUCCUUGUAGGAUUUUUUUUGCCGCAAUGUUACAAUGUUGGUUCUUGUUUUCUAUUCCGACUCCUAAGGGUUUUUCUGUGUGUGUGUCUGUGUGUUUAUGUGCUUAUUUUGUUUAUUUGAUAGGUAAAAUACAUUAAAAGUCCAUAAAAUUAUUGCUGCCUGGAUUUUGCAAUUUA